UAUUUAGAUAUAAUAUUAUAUUGUAGUUUGAAUUCAACAAAAUUUGACAUAGCGUCAAGGUUCGAAAUUACAAAACGGUUUUGAUUUUAUUUUCGCGUCCAAAUCUGCAAUGGAUCAAGCAAAAUAUUGUACAGAUCUUUUGGGGGAACAAAAGGCCCCGCCCCCUAAAGCGAAGGACUCUCAGACCAGUAGGAAGAGUAAAAAGUUGUUCCAACUCAAUCCUAAGAAGGGAGAUCCGGUCCGUAGACACCGGAAAGAAGAGAAAAGGGAACUUCUAAUUCAAAAACGAUUAAAAAAACAAUUAGAAGAAUCGGCAAAAAGAAAAGCUCAAGAAGAAGCCGCAAAAUGUCCCUCGGUUGUUACCCCUUCAUUUGGAAAACGCUUCGAAGUUCAUUUAAGGGGUGAAACGCCCGUAGAAGAUCGUCCGAGAACGUACGUAGUCCCCGAACCCCUAUCCCUGAAAUGGGAAAAGGCUAUAAAUCGGGCGGAGUAUAUAAAAAUGCUGCGUUUUUGUAAAUUCAAGGAGACCGAAGCCCCUCAACCCUUGGCAGAAAUAAAACUUAAACAGGUGAUGAAAGUAGAUUCACCAACCAUAAAAAACGCCAAGGUUGUUACACCUCAAAAACCUUCGUUCUUCCCUAGCGACAUAUAUCCGACACCACCGAAGCGCGAUGAUCUAAAGUCGAGGGAGCCCACCAGUAAGAUAAUAAUAAACGAAAAAGAACAACAAGCCGACUUGUUGUCUAGCUUCGAAUUAAUUCUGGCGGGAAAGUCCCGGACUCAAUACGAAAAAGAAAUAGCAGGGAAGGAGAACAAACCGUGCAAGACAAACAAACAAAAGAAGAAAAAGAAGAAGAAGAAGAAAAAGAGGCAAAUUUCAGCGACCAAUGCUGAAGAAGGCGAAACCGGCGACAGAAAGAAAAAGAAAAAAAGGAGAGACAAAAGUGGCGACAAAAAAAUUGGCGAAGGUGACGAAGAACAAGAAUUGGCAACUUACGACUUAGGAGGAGACGCUAUGGAUAAGGAUGCAAUCGAAGCCUACCUUAAACAAGAAGAAGAAUUAAUGAGACAAUUUGGUGAGGGCGAGGGCGAGGGUGCAGAAAUAUUAGAGCCCAUCGAAGAGACCUAUCUUACAAGAAUGUUCAGGAAACAGGUUUCACAGGUUUCAAAAAGUACGUCCCUGCAUGAAAAGGAGCUCAUGGGGUUCGAAGUCUCUCCUGACUUUGAACUGGAAGAAUGCCCUUUCAUCGAUAGGGUUUUACAAAAGUUUAGAAGAGACUCGGAAUUAGAACGGUACAAGAAACCAAAGAGAAAAGUGAAAAGGGGAACCCUGGAAAGCCAUUCCUUCACCAAGAUAGAACAGAAAACAUUAAAAGAGUUCUACUAUGGGGUAGUAUACGGAAAUAUUCAUCAAGGAGAUGAGCAUUUCUCUGAUGUAAGUCGUAACAAUCAAGGCAUCUGUAUGGCUGCAGCGGCCUACUGCUUUGCCACAGAAUUACACCCAAGCAGAUGGACGGAACAAACCAUCGGAAUUAUAUUAGAAAUCGGAAACAAACUGUACCUGGACAGUGUCGAAAAUUUGCAUCUCCACGAUACCACACGUGAACUUAAACCUCCCGAUUUGCACAAGUUCAUCUACAUUGGAGACGACAAGUAUAGAUUCGUGAUCGAGGAGCCUUACGUGUCUGGACUGGUGAGGUCUGUCGAAAAGAAUGUCUACAAUGUGACCAAAGGUUUGCAAGUAUUUUUCGCUGAAAACCAUGCCGGCGUCUUCCAAACUCUGGGUUUAGACGUGAUGAUUUGGAAGGACAAAUAUUUUUACCUGUUCGACGCUAGGCCCAGGACGAAGGACCUGUUCCCCGAUAAAAACGGAAACGCUACUCUAACCAUAGUUUACGAUAUCGCAUCCCUGGUAACUGUAUUUCUUGACAGGAGCGAACUGGGGAACUGGCCCUUCCUAAUAUCGAAAGUAAGCGUGAUGAAAAAAUUAAAAUUAUACGAAGAAGAAGACGAGGAAGACGUUAAAGAGGGAAGCCAGUAUAACAUCCUCAGUCCCAGCAAAGCAGUCGUCCAGGGUUCUUUUGAUUUAGCAGACAAAUGUUUCGGGUUUUCAAGGAACAAGCAGUCCCUUACGAUGGCAGUAAUUGCACUGGUCUAUUCCCGAAUAACUCCUCCCAAUUCCUGGCACAGGAGAACCAUCGACAAGAUAAUGAUCAUAGGUAACCAACUGUAUCUGGAAUGCGCCGAACAGGAGCUGAUAAUGGAGAUGACUAUAGAUAGUCUACCGGCUCUCUUCACCAUAGGUCCUUAUCUAGUUGAAAUAUUCUUAUACGCUAACAGAAUCGUUGACGUGAUGUACAAGAAAGGCAAAUGUGUCUUGGAGGAAGCCCUUGAUUGCUUCUUCAGUAAAAAUACCAACGCCGUCCUUCAAAUAGGAAAAUUUACCCUGGCCGUUUGGCAACAGCGUAACAUGUAUUACUGUUUCGAUCCAUAUUCCAGAAACAAUCAGGCCAUGAACUGCAGGAAUGGCAUGGGAUGUGUGUCGAUGAAUGCGGACCUGGAAACUCUCGUUCAAACCAUUUCCAAUAACUUUCCCGAUAACGCCUACAUCUUCUAUAUCCACGCCUUGAAAGUCCUUAAAAUUCAUCGAGACCCCGCAAUGGCCAGGAUAUUUCCAAAAACUACGAAGAUGGACGAUAUCUCUCCAGAAACGUUGAAGAAGUACAAAAUGAAGAAAAGCAAGAAAAAAGCCACCGAGAAGCCCGUUACAAUUGACCUAACGCAAACGUCUAUAAAAAGAUUGUUACCUGGAGAAUCUCCUGAACCAUCUCUGCAGGAAGUUUCUAGUGACGUGGACAGUUUAACGAAAGAGCAACUACCUUGUCUCUUUGAGCCUUGCCACGUCCUCAAGAAACUACCGCCAACCAAAAUGGCUGAAUAUGCAGAUGUAGUGGACCUUGAUUCUCCAAGUCUAUCAGAUACUCAGAUCGAACCCCAACGUCCCGUUCCUGAUAAGUGUCUAGAAGAAAUCACUCUACUGGACCUGGACUCCUUCGUAUUAACCCAAGAAGAAAUAGAAAUGAUAGAAGUACCUGAAGGUGAAGGGGAAGGCGAAGGAGGUGGAAGGUGUGGCAAAGGAGAAGGUGAAGGCGAGGGAGGUGAAGACAUGGACGAGUUGGACAACACCUACUUGGCCAUGAACGAGUUUGCCCAAGUCCAUCCCGAAUCCUUGGACAGCUACCACAGUAGAAUAUCGCAGAUGGUGAACACCGAAGUAACGGCGGCUUUCCUUCCAAUUUCUCAUAAAGUGCUGAAACCGACGAAUGUACUGGCCAAAAAAGCGAUGAAGAGAUGCCUGGAACUGCAGAAAGCAGGUGCUGGACUUACCUCCGAUCUACCGCUACCAGAACCGGAAGUCACAAUGGAAGAGGAACUGCUCAAAGAAAACAACUUCAUAGAACUUCCUGACGACAGUCAACUGAUCAGAGGCACGCAGAAUAUUGCAGACCUUGGAAAGGAAGUGGACAACACGGCUCCGUACGUUUGCAUCAUAGCAGCAGCCGUUGCCAAAAAAUACUCAAUAAGCACUUGGUCAUCUGAUCUAGUCGAUUAUGUUCUUACGGGCGGCCUGGCAUUGUACGAACUCGCCAACGUGAGGUUCGAACAGGCUCCCAAAUUUGAGAUCCCAAAAAUAUCGCUAGGGAAAGAUAAUUAUAGGGUGUUCGUGGACUACCUGUUCGAUGGUCAAUUUUCUGACAUCGGUGUGGAGAAAGCGCUCGCCCAUAGGUUAUUCUCAAAAUACGAGAUUGGGUUGAUCGUCACCUCGUACUAUUCGUGUGCUGUAUUUUUUAAAAAUCACCUGUACUACCUCUUCGACUCCUACGGUAACAACGAGGUGGGACUGAGCGAAGGUCCGCAUAACAAGGGCAUGGCCAUGUUCGCCAGGUUCAAGAAUCUGGAGCACCUGGUCAAGCGAAUCGUUUACAACAAGACCAAAAGGGAAAUGGCGGAAUCGUUUAAGUUUUCCGAUUUCAUAUUGUUCUCUAUCAAAGUGGAAACUAUAAGACAGGAAGCACUUCGCGCUAAGGGUUCCGAAGUGAUGGCCUCCGAAGGCGGUGAAGACGGAAUGGGUGAAGAUGAGAAUGUUGUAGUAAAACCUGAAGUGAAGGAAUCCGAAGUACUGCCAGAACCAAGAAAUGUUUUUGAAACCUUAGAAGAAGCCCUACAAAGGAAGUCUUUCGUCAAGCCCUCUAAAUCCCGUUUCAGACGAAACCUGAAAAGGUCAAAAGUUACGAAUAAAAUGAAUGAUAAGCAACUUAAACCUCUGCACGAAGAACCCGAUUGGCUUCUAGCCGAUCCAAUACCCUGGUCCCAAAGGAAGAAAAAGAGCGCUUGCGGAUAUUUCCGGUGUAAGAGGGAGACAAUGUGGAACAACUGGGAUACAGAGUAUCCCAAUGACCUUUACACCCUUCUGUCUACAAUAAACCAAUUUUCUAACAAAUUCAUGGACAAAUCGAGAGGAAAACAAACAAUUUGCAACUGCGUUUGCGCGAUUGGGAUGACGGUCAUCUACAGCCUUUCCGAAUGGAAUUGUCCGAUCAUGGACUCCAUACUGGUCAACGGCGAUAACUAUUUCUACACUUGUGUAAAAGGUAUAGUGACUGAAAAUUACGAACUACUAAUGGACGAUCUCGCACCAGACUGCACCAUAUUCCCGUACAACUUUAAAGUGGACUAUUACCCAGUGGUAGAUGGUACAAUGUUCCUUAUGGACAAGAAAAAAUACAAUCUGUACAAAGCUCUCAGAUAUUUCUUCGACGGCUAUGACAAAAGAUGUGGAAUCAUAUGUGCUAUCCGAGGGGACAUAAGAAGAUACGUUGCCUUCGGAAAGAUCCAAAACAAGGAAUAUUUCAUGUUCGAUAGUCAAUCGUUUGGACCGCCGAUGUUUCUAGAGCGCCAGUCGAAAGCCUACAUGCUGAGAUGCACCAGCUUCGCAAGACUCUUGCACGUACUUGUGGUGGCACUAAGAGGUGGUGACUUCUUUUUGUACAACGUCGAAUGUAAAAACUUCCAAGCCAUAGAAUAACAAUGUUCAUUUCGCAAUAAAUAACAAGCAAAAAACAAUAAUUCGAGUCAAUAAUAAAGAACAAUUAAAUUAAGGUCAA